AUGAGUUUAACAUCGUUUGCAACAAUAACAGAUACCUUAUUAGAAUUAAUGAAAGAUUGUAUAAAUGAUAUACUUGAUUGUGAAUGUAUUGUUUAUGGUCGUAUGUGUAAAACAACAAGUGAUGAUGGAAUAAAAUCAUUAUUAUGUACACUUGUUAAAGUCCUUGAAUCAUUUUCUGAUAUUGAUUUAAUUGAAUCAAUAAUAACGUGUUUACAAUUUAGACAAUUAGAUGCUAGUAUAGGUUUAUUAGUUAAAUCGAAUACUAAUUUAGCACUUGUUGGACAUCUUAUUACAGAAUUUCGUCAUCAGCUUGUUCAAUCAACUGUUGCUUGUACAACUCGUGUUCUCUCAAUUCUUUUUAAUAUUAUUUUGGCAUCUGAAUUUCAUGAUAAAUUUAAAGUAAAACCAACAUCAGUACCAUAUUUAACUACAAUAAAGGUGUGA